AUGCCUCAAUUACUUCCAUUUUAUUUUAUUAAUCAAUUAUCGUUCACCUUCUUAGUAUUAACAACUAUGAUCUACCUAUUUGGUACAUAUAUCUUACCUGUUUUUGCUGAACUAUUUGUUACACGAAUGUACAUUACAAAAUUAUAGUCUUUACUUUAUCCGCCCUUCUCUGUUUCAUCUUGCCCUUCUUUUUUUGA